AUGCCUUAUACCGUCCGUGAGUAUGCAGAAAUGCAUUUUGUUUAUGGGUUUUGUAAUGGAAACGCUCGAGCGGCUGAAAGGGGAUAUCGUGAACGAUUUCCUGGUCGUGAACGAUAUCCCGACUACAGGGUGUUUCAACGAGUGCAUAACGCAUACGUGGAGGGGCAGAUUCCUGGAAAUCCUCACAGAGCAGGAAGACCUUAUGAAAAUGCUGACGCAGAAGAUGACAUCGUUGAAAUGGCAUUAGAGGAACCUUCAACUAGUGUUCGUCGCAUAUCAAGACGUUCUGGUAUUCCGACAACAACAGUACACCGCAUUGUACGAAGAAACCAAUUGCACCCCUAUCAUGUACAAUGA